GCUUCACCUUCACUGUCUUUGAAAAUAAAAGACCUUCCACGUCAGCAUCACAACGUCCCAAAUUUCAAGUUUAUUUCCCGCCCAGAAGUAACCUAAAGAAGACUAUUAGACAGAGAUAAAUCCCCUUUAGACACAUAAUAACGCGUCUUGCAUCUAUCUCAAUUCUCAGAAUUCAGAAUUCAGAAUUCAGAAUCAGAUAUGGAAGAACCUGUCAAAGAUCAACAACCCUCUUCUGCUACUUCUUCUGGAAACUCGUCCAGACCCAAGCUUCAGAGGUACGCGCUCCGCUCCGUUACUAAAUCCAAGGAAGAGAAGCCGUCUGCUCCCAAUUCUUCUGAGUCCAAAAGGGGUGGAAAUGCUUCAACUGUAAGCAAAAGUGUGGGUGUUCUAGACUUCUCUGCCAAGGACAAGUCUGGUAGUGCCAAACCACCCAGAAGGUUCUCCAAUCCUGCCAAAGCAUCUCCCACUCCAGGACACAAGGUGGCUAGCAACAUUACCCCAAUCUCUGAGACCAGGACAGGCAGAACUCCUUAUGGUCAAGGCAGAGGCAAAACAACACCCAUUUCUGAAAUUUCCAGGACAUCUAGCAGAGUGAAGUUAAAUCUUCUAACCUCACCUUCAUAUUGGUUGAACCAGAUCAAGCUCUCUGAAUCUGCUGCCAAACACUCAAUUUCACUUGGCUUCUUCAAACUAGCUUUGGAGGCAGGAUGUGAGCCUCUCAAGUCAAUGCAAGAAGAGCUAAAAUCUUAUGUGAGCAGACAUCAGCUUGCUGAGCUUGGAGAAUCUGUGAAAGAGUUACUUGAAAGAUAUAAUAUCUCAGAAAACAUAGAGCAGUUGCAGGUGUCUGAAACUAUUUCACAGGUUCCGGAAGACGGAAACCGAUCGUCUGAUGAUGAUGUGCAUAGCUCUUCUUCUACCAUGGAGGCUAGAAAAUUGAAACCCAAGUGCUUGAACAUUGAUUCUCCUCAACCUCAACUCAACACUCCUGCAAUAGAGUCAAACAAGAAGGAGAACACUGAAUCUACUCAACUCACUACUCCUGCAAUAGAGUCAAACAGGAAGGAGACUAGCCAAAAGGGUAGUCCUGGAUCCAGGUUGCGAGGAAAGCUUAGCACCAACUCCAAAACUCCAAGGCCUGCUUUAGACAGUGGGAAUCGUAGGUCCGGUAGAAAUUCUGAGAAGCCAAGCAAGCAAGAGGCUAGUAAGGAUAAGGGCAUGGUCAGGAGGCAGGGAAAGAAAUCUGAUGUAAAAGUUCCAGUUAGCACUCCAAAGGGAAACAAAGAAAAUAAGUAGGACGUUCAGACCAAUGAAGAGGUCAGCAUGGUAGAAGUCCUGUAAACAAUAUUUCAAGCUUGGAUUUCUGAAUUUUUGUGAUUCUCAUACUUUCGAAUUAUGUCUGCCCGUCUUCUAUGUGGAGCUUGCUUAUGAGUUCAGAUGAAAAUGGUUUUUUAUUGUCUGCUGUCAAAGGCUGCUAUUCAUCUUAUAUUUUGUGGCUGUGUCCUGUUAUUUAUUAUUACAAAGUCCCUAAUCAAACCAAACUGUAUUGAAUCUUGUGGUUUUUGUCUAAUGUCCAUAUCUAUAGCUGAAUUUGUAAUAUUUGUGAGUGCAGAUUUCUGACUUGAAUUUAUUAGUAGUAGCCAUUUCAUCU